UCUCGCAUAUCAGAGCUUUAUUUUCACUGAAAGUGGAAUCUGUUCUUCAUUAUAAGUAAGGAACUUCGUGUGACUAUAUGUUAAGUGUAAGAACAGCUGAUCACCUGUAUAGCUCCGAUUGGACGGCAAAUACGCUUACCUGGUAGCAGUUAAAUGUCCUCAGAAGACAUCGAAGCCCAGGAGGAUGAAUUACUUGCCCUUGCUGGUAUUUAUAAUGAAGAUGAAUUCAACAGGACUGAAUCUUCCCAGGGUGGUGAAAUUAGGAUCUGUCUCACAUUGCCACCACAUUUUAGAGUGCUGGUUGAUGGCAGAAAUGAACAACUUGAAUACAUAGUUGAGUUUUUGCCACCAAUUAUCCUGAGAUUUGAUCUGCCUGUAGACUACCCAUCAGCGUCUGCUCCAGCAUUCACACUUCAUUGCAAGUGGCUUUCUGAAAGUCAGCUUACCAGUCUUUGUACGCAACUUGAUGGUAUUUGGAAAGAAAACAAAGGAUGUGUUGUUUUAUUUUCUUGGAUGCAGUUUCUCAGAGAAGAAACUCUCCAUUUCUUGAAUAUUGGCUCUUCAUUACUGUUAAAGCCGUCUGAGAUGAGAAGAUGUUAUCCUCAACCUUUGGUUUUCAUGGAAACUGAACAAGCAGGUAUUGCCAAGGCAGAAGAUGCAGUGGGUGCAAUCUGUUGUGACCCAAGAGCUGCACAAGAUGUGGAAUCAUGGGCAAAUAUUCUGCCAGAAAUCCUAGAUUUUAACCAACAUCAGAAACAAAAAUGUUUCAACAAUAAAAUAUAUUCCUGCAAAAUCUGCUUUUUAGCAAAACUCGGAAGUGAUUGCCUAUGUUUUACAAAGUGUGAACACGUGUAUUGCAACAGUUGUCUGAGAGAAUAUUUUGAAAUCCAGAUUAAGGAUGGUACUGUUCACUUACUCAACUGUCCAGAACCAGAGUGUCCUUCUGUUGCCACUCCAGCACAGGUAAAACAACUUGUUGGAGAGGAGGCAUUUUCCCGUUAUGACCAUCUCUUGCUUCAGAAUGGUCUGAGCCUAAUGACAGAUGUUGUUUACUGUCCACGAUUAAGCUGUCAAACUGCAGUGCUGAAAGAGCCAGACAGUGAAAUGGCUGUCUGUAAUAGCUGCUUCUUUGCAUUUUGCACCAAGUGUAAUCUGACUUACCAUGGAGUUGCUCCUUGUCAUAAUGAAGUAGCAGAAGAAUUAGGUAGUCCAGUAAAUGAAAACUGUGAAAGCACCGAUGAUUCUGAAGGAGAUUAUGAUGAAGAAAUAUACAGAAUGGUUUCCAGAAAAAAACUAGCACAACGAUAUCAGAAUGAGAAAUGGGUUAAAGAAAACGCCAAAGUAUGCCCUAACUGCCGCUCACCUGUACAGAAAGAUGGUGGGUGCAAUAAAAUGACUUGUGGUCGCUGUGGAAGUUUCUUCUGCUGGGUCUGCUUAGCUCAUCUGAAACAAAAUCCAUAUGACCACUUCCAGGAUCCAGAUUCGCCAUGCUCAUCUCAACAGUUGUAACAUCUGAAAUUAAAGCAAUAUUUGCUGCAGAAGAUGCAUUCCAGAUACAUUAAGAAUGUUUAACAAUCAUCAGUGAAACUACGUUCAGUAAACAGAUACACAUUUCCAGAAGGGAAGAUCAAUACAUUUUUAUUACAUAUUUAUUAUAGAAGACUCUGAUAAAAACACAAUUUUAUAUAUUGCAUUAUCAAGUUCUAUACAUAUGUAUUCCUGUUUAUAUCUGGGCAUACCAGCUGACACAGGGAUGGAUGUUAUACUAGAGUUUCCUGUAUUAAAUUAAAAGUAUCUGCUCUUUUCCUGAAGCUAAAUGAACUGAAUUCCAUAUUAAGGCAAGUUAUUGUCAAUACUUUGAAUAGCAUCCUAGCUUAUAGAAUUUGUAUGCAUGCAGUAAGACAGAUAAAGCAUGCCAGUAUAAAAUACAAGGUUUUAAAAAAGUGUCCAGUGUUAUAACUACUGUAAUUGACUUGGCAUGCUGUACAAAAAAUAAAAAUUAUGUUGU